CUGGCCUUGUACAGGGCUGAUUUGACAACAGCAGAGAGAAUGCUGGAUGGGGAGUCCUUUGGAUUUAAGGUUGUGGAAGCAUGUUGAAUAACCCUCCUUUCUUUUCAGAGAAAAUCAAAAUGUCAGCUUCAAACUGUGAGGAUUUUAAACAGAGAAUUGGUUUAAGUGUUGAUCAAAAUCUUUAUCGUUAUAAAGCUGCAGAAAAAGCAAACCAUAUUUAGAAAAUAAAGAUUCUUCUUAUGAAAUGUGGAUUUUCUGAAGUGGUAGAUAGUACUGUUACUGGCUGCCAUGGCAUCAGUGGAACUAUCAAAACAAACGACUUUAAGCAAGGAUUUGUAUCUUCUCUGAUUUUGAUGUGCAUUCAAAGAUUGCUGUAAUGAUUUCUCUGGCCUCGGCUGUAUUGCAGCAAAAUAAAUCCCUCUUGAACAUUGCAAUAUCUUAGUGGUAUGCAAGUCAGACUUGCAGAGAUUAUGGAAUAGAGCACGUUUUCUUUUUAGCAGAUUUUACUGGGACCGUGUUCAAUGACCCAAGUCACUUCAUAACAAGAAACCAGAAUAACUACCAGUAAUAAUUGUGUUGUGCAUGAAUUGGCACUGCUCUGUUUGGAGUCUCUAGUGGUGUGUUUGCCUUAGUCUGUUGCUGAGAUAUAUUGCUGAGAUAUGCCUGGGAAAAGAGCUGCUUCACAUGGAGAAAGUUAAGUCCUUUUAUAAAAACUUUUAUUUAAGUUCAGAUGCGCCCUUCAUCUUAGUUGUUGCCAAGAAGGGACCUCCUGUGUAUGUUUUUAACUGUGGUGGAAAGCAGCAGUGUUUGUACAUGAGGUGAAUGUGAGAGUGGCUUUGUGGUGACCUGGCACGUGUCGCUCCUGUUCCAUCUCUGUCGUGAUUUGUGCAGUAGUACUGAAAACAGUUUCUGUUCAUUCCUGACCUCCUUGUACAGGCAAGUGUUACUAAAGUUACUGUAGCUGGCAGAUCCUUUUCUGGCUCUUUGAUGUGAAUGUUGCCAUGAAUUCCUGAGUGCCGUAAAUGUCUGUGUGAGACUUGGGUGCUGCAGGGCUCCUGUAUUGCUGUGGAAUAGGUUACACCUUCUCUGAAGAAUGUGAUCCCUGUGCUGCACAGUUUAAAUUGCAAGCCUGACAUUAUUAUAGGGCACUUGAAGGGUAACUCAGAGUUUACUGCUGGAAAGAAUACUCCACAGUUCUUUUGACAUUCCAUGGAUAUCCAUGAGGAUCUUUGAAGACUGGAAAAUGGUGUGUUCAGUUUUAUUUCAAGGACUACAGGAAAGUUGGCAUAGAUUUAUAUAAUGAAAUUCCAUUGCACUAGACAGAAUUCAACAAGAGGAAUAAUCCUUUGGAUAGCACAAGUGAUAGUGUCACCAUGGCAAAAAAGUGCCUUUCAUUAUUGAAGGGCAUUCAACGACAGCUUGCACUUUUACUUGCUCUGAGUUAUGAAAGAAAAAUGCAGAGAGGGUUUAAAGUAUUGGGAUUUUGGUAAUUGCAACUGUUGGGGAAACUGUAACAGGAGUUACUAAGUGAAUAGAAAGUCACCUACUUCAGACUAUCAGUAUUUUAGGUUCUUCUUUAUGUGGAUUCUAUUCAGUCUAACAUGAGUGUCUGUGAAGUGCCUUUAGUUCCUCUAGUUUUACAGAUCUCUUCAGCAAGUAUCCCAGAUGCUUAGAGGAGAAGAGAGGCUGACUAUUCUACUCUGUUAAGGAGGAAGUUACCAGAAGUUUUGAUGGGUAAAAAACCAAGGUCUGUGGGGGACAAGACUCAUGGAAGAGAGCAACACCAGCAGAGAGCGGUACUUGAAAAGUGUUUUACGGGAGCUGGUCACGUACCUGGUUUUCCUCGUGGUCCUGUGUGUCUUGACUUAUGGGACAGUGAGUUCCAGUAUGUACUAUUAUACAAGAGUUAUGUCACAGCUCUUCCUGGAAACACCUGUGUCAAAAACAGAGAGAACUGAUUUCAAAACUUUGUCCACAAUGGAUGACUUCUGGAAGUUCACAGAAGGCCCUUUGCUGGAUGGUCUUUACUGGGAGAUGUGGUACAACAACAAAACCAUGGCAGAAAACAAAAGCUUCAUUUAUUAUGAGAACCUGCUCCUCGGGGUGCCUCGCAUUCGGCAGCUGAAAGUGAGAAAUGGUUCGUGCUCCAUACCUGAAGAUUUAAAGGAUGAAAUCAAAGACUGCUAUGAUGUCUAUUCUGUAGCUAAUGAAGACACUGCUCCUUUUGGACUCAGGAAUGGAACUGCCUGGACAUACACCAAUGAGAAGGAUUUGAAUGGGAGCAGCCACUGGGGCUUGAUUGCCACAUACAGCGGGGCUGGUUAUUACCAGGACCUCUCGAGGACCAGAGAAGUGACAGCCCUGCAGAUUGCAAGCCUGAAGAAGAACCUGUGGCUGGACAGAGGGACCAGAGCAACCUUCAUUGAUUUCUCUGUGUACAAUGCAAACAUCAACCUAUUCUGCGUGGUCAGGUUGCUAGUGGAGUUUCCAGCCACUGGAGGCCUGGUUACAUCUUGGCAGUUUCAGCCUGUGAGGUUGAUUCAUUACAUCUCCACUUUUGAUUUUUUCCUGGCAGCCUGUGAAGUGUCCUUCUGUCUUUUUGUUCUGUAUUAUAUGGUGGAAGAGGUUUUAGAAAUUCGCAUUCAUAGACUGUGCUACUUCAGAAGUCUUUGGAAUUGCCUUGAUAUCCUUAUCAUUGUGCUGUCUGUGGUAGCUAUAGGAAUUAGCAUCUAUAGGACAUCAACUGUUGAUAUGCUCCUGAAGAAGCUGCUGGAAGAUCAGAACUCAUUCCCUAAUUUUGAACCCUUGGCAUAUUGGCAAAUGCAGUUCAACAACAUUGCUGCAGUCACAGUGUUUUUUGUCUGGAUUAAGCUUUUCAAAUUUGUUAACUUCAACAGAACAAUGAGCCAGUUAUCCACCACGAUGUCUCGCUGUGUCAAAGAUGUCAUUGGCUUUGCCAUUAUGUUUUUUAUUAUAUUCUUAGCAUAUGCUCAGUUGGCCUAUCUUGUCUUUGGCACUCAAAUUGAUGACUUCAGUACUUUCCAGGACUGCAUAUUUACUCAGUUCCGCAUCAUUUUGGGAGACUUCAACUUCACAGAGGUUGAAGAAGCAAAUCGAAUUUUGGGACCCAUUUAUUUCACUACAUUUGUGUUCUUUAUGUUCUUCAUUCUUUUGAACAUGUUUUUGGCCAUUAUCAAUGAUACCUACUCUGAAGUCAAAUCAGAUAUGGCACAACAGAAGGCAGAAAUGGAAUUGUCUGACCUUAUCAGGAAGGGCUACAACAAAGCCAUGAUCAAGCUUAAACUGAAGAAAACUACUGUUGAUGACAUUUCAGAAAGUCUGAGACAAGGUGGAGGAAAGCUCAAUUUUGAUGAACUGCGGCAGGAUCUCAAAGGGAAGGGGCACACAGAUGCAGAGAUUGAAGCAAUAUUUACCAAAUAUGAUCAGGAUGGGGACCAGGAAUUGACAGAGCAUGAGCAUCAGCAGAUGAGGGAUGACCUGGAGAAAGAGAGGGAGGAUCUGGACCUGGAUAGGAGCUCUCUGCCACGUCCUCUGAGCAGCCGCAGCUUCCCCCGGAGCUUGGAUGACUCUGAGGAGGAUGAGGAUGAAGACAGUGGGCACAGCUCCAGGAGGAGGGGCAGCAGCUCUAGUGGGGUUUCCUAUGAAGAGUUCCAAGUACUCAUGAGGCGGGUGGAUCGCAUGGAGCAUUCCAUCGGCAGCAUCGUCUCCAAGAUCGAUGCCGUUAUCGUCAAGCUGGAAGCCAUGGAGAGGGCCAAGCUGAAAAGGAGAGAUGUGUUGGGAAGGCUGUUAGAUGGAGUGACAGAGGAUGAAAGACUGGGCCGGGACAGCGAAAUGCACAGGGAGCAGAUGGAGCGGCUGGUGCGGGAGGAGCUGGAGCGCUGGGAGUCGGAUGACACGGCCUCCCAGAUGAGCCAUCGGCUGGGAACGCCGCUGGGGCUGAGCGGGCAGCCUCGCUCCAGGAGCUCCAGGCCAUCCUCUUCCCAGUCUGAUGGCCUCGAUGCAGCAGCAGCAGCAGCAGCUAACGGGGGCAGCAACAUCCACGUGUAGCUCUGGAGGUGAUUCCAAAUGUUCCAGGUCAGUAUUUGAGAAGAUGAAGAACUGGACACUGCAUGGCUCAAUAUGAAUCAAGCAAAUGCCACUUUAUUGCUCUCCUCUAACCCUUAUGUACAAUUUUUCUCCCCCUGCACUCCAUCAUGCAACUUCUCAUCGGUAGAAGCCUUCUUGCACUAGGCAAAGAUUUUUUUGUUAGACUUUUCCACCUUUCAUUGGCUUCCAAGUUCCUUGGCAUUCCCCUAUCACCUUCAGCUCUUCUUGUCUUGCCCCUUGUUUUCUUGUUAGGCUGCAGCUGUUCUUAUCUCUUUUUCAAGAGCAAAGCUACAGGCCUAGCUCAGGCUCAUAAAAACACUCUUAUGGGAUGUGUUAGCUACAUAUCUGUAUCACUACGUUGUUCACUACAUAUCCUUUUUUCCCUAAAAGCAUUCCCAUAAGUAUUCAGCCAACAAAUCCCCCAGCAUGACAGGAUGGUUCUGAUCAGACCACUGAGGACAUUUCACUGGUGGGGAAAAAGGUAAAUAUUCACUCCAGAAAUCAUUUUGAGGCCUGUGUAAGCCAUGUGUAAUGCCAGCAGUGAGAGUGAAACAGCCUUGGAAACUGAAUGGAUAUCAGGUGGGACAAAAUCUACCAGGACAAAAAUCUGAUUCUU